AUGCGUCGUAUUCCAGUUCAGAAACGGCCGAACCAUACGCGCCUAGUCCAAAGCCAGGGUCUAGUUUUCGCAGACCUCGUAGCUCCCGGUGCCUCGGAGCCAUAUUGGCCGGACAACCGGUACUACUCGUUUACCGAAGAAGAGAUACACCUUCUCGAAGGCGCCGCCAAAGACGUUUUUGCGAUGUGCUGCGAGGCAGCAGACUACCUGACAGAAAACCAAGAUAUCAUCACUAAAGACAUGGCGGUGCCCGCUUUUGCCUUGGGCGAGAUUAAAAAGUCGUGGAAUCGAGAGCCUGCAUGGGGCAGUAUUUAUGGACGCUUCGAUGUGUGCUUUGGUGGCUUAGACCAUCCGGACCCUCGAUUGCGGCAGCCCAAGUUCUACGAGUUCAACGCGGACACCCCUACCUCGUUACUCGAAGCCGGUUCAAUCCAAUGGCUAUGGCUGGAACAGACUGGAAAUGGAAGUGAUCAAUACAACAGCAUCACCGAAAAGCUUAUCACGGCUUGGCAACGUAAUCUCACCCUUAUCCAGAAGACGUUGGGACACAAGCCUGUGGUUCACUUUGCGGUAGGCGAAGGAGAGUGUUCGGGGGAGGAUGCCUUCAACGUCAUGUUCUUGAUGGAUACUUGCCAGCAGGCGGGCUGGCAGACAAAGGCGCUUACAGUUGAGGAGAUCUCUAUCUCGAAGAAAGAUGGACGAUUUUACGAUGCAAACGGCGAUCAUCUCGACGUCAUCUUUAAGCUCUACCCGUGGGAGUUUAUGGUGCAGGAGGAAUUUGCACGGUCUUGCUUCCAGGAUAUGGAGAAGAUUGGCUUGCAGGACGAAGCAGGAAAAUAUAUUGGAGGAACCAUUUGGAUUGAGCCGCCGUACAAAAUGUUGUGGAGCAACAAGUCAAUCUUCGCCAUCCUGUGGAGACUGUUCAAAGACGACCCGAGGGGAAAGUGGCUUCUCCCGACGUAUGUCAAUGAGGCACCCUCGUCAAUGACGAGUUUUGCACGCACGCCAAUCUUUGCGCGAGAGGGUGCCGAUGUUGUUCUGCAACGUGAUGGCAAAGUUAUACAGGAUGCAUCUACGGGAGAUUAUGGCGCUGAAGGGUAUGUUGUGCAGGAGCUUGCUCUACUUCCAGAGUUCAGGGCCGCGGAUGGAAACACAUACUACCCUGUGAUAGGAUUGUGGUUCAUCGACGGCGAUCCGGCAGGUAUGGGAAUCCGUGAAGACCGGACACCGAUUACGACAAACACGUCCGUCUUUAUUCCGCACUCGAUUGAGGGUGGACCAGCGACGUACGAGAAACAGAGAAUCCCUGACAACGAGGAAAUUGAGGAGCAAAUGAGAGUAGCUCCAUUUUUUGACUCGUUUGAUUGGGAAGAGAAUGAGAUUGUGAGCUUCAUGAAAAAGGUUGUUCUUGGUUGA